UGUCCUUUAGUUGUUACUUUAUAUAGGUUAUCGUUGCAUGCUUCAGUUUCCUGUUUCCGAGUUUCAUUUUGACUAUGCUUCUGAAUUUCUUGCGUAUGUUCUUCGUGUUUUGUGCCUUUUUUUUGAGUCUAUAGCAUACUUGAUCGAUGCCUUUGAAUGGACAAUCUAUUGAGAGAUGUAUGAAUGUAUCCACUGUUUAACUACUUAGGUGUAAAAUUCAGAGUUUGUAGAUGGCAUUAUACUAUGGAAUGAUUCUUUUAGAUGCUUUCUUGACAACAAAAUUCUCAUUUCUACAGAACGAGGCUUUAUAUUUGAUCUAGCAGUAUUGCGUGCCUAAAUUAGAAUAAAUUGGAUUAAAAGUAUUGGAAAAUGCUCAUGACAUCCAAAUUAAUGUGGCACGGAAUGAAAUUCUAUCUGAUACCAGAAACAGAAACAGAACGAAAUUUGAUCUAAUCUUACAAAAAUAAAAGCAUUAUUAUGUAAAAGCUCUUAAUCCAAUUUUUGGAUCAUCAAAUUCAAGUACAUAAAUUAUAAAGAAAAAAUUGCCCAGAAUAAUCCUUCCUUUGUCUGAUUUCCAUAUAAUAAUCUUAAUUAUUGAUUAACCAUGAAUAAUUCUAUCUAUUUUUACUUUAUUAAAUAACAUUUAGUCUCUCUCACCUAAUACUUCAUCUCCCUCCUCUUUCAUUACUAACUCCAUUCAUUAACCAACCUUUGUCUUCGCCAUUCACUCCACCCAUCAUCAAUUCACGCCAUUUUUUGAUUUUGAAAAAGCAAAAUUGAAGACUUUCUAUUUGCCUGGUUCAUUGAAGUGCGAGAGAUAGAAAAACAUAAGUGUGAGCAAGUAGUGUAAAUUUGAUACUUUUGCACACACAAAGAAAAAAAGAGUAAUAAUCAAGAGUACAAAAUGUGUAGAUGAAGUGGUUAGUAGAGAGAAAGUGGAGAAAUGGCAGUAAUAAUCAAAUGGAGCUGAAAAUGGGAUAGAGUAGUUGAAAAUCAAUCGAGAGUAUUAGAAACUUUAGUUAACCCACUUUUCAAAGGCAAUAUAUCUGGACAUUUAAUCUUCAGAGUUUUGCAGUACUGUAGUACCUUCAAACAAAUUUUACAGUUUCCAUAGAUUAUCAUAUACCAACUUCUAGCACUACUAACAACAUUGAGGAUGAAGACAAGUUGAUGAUGUAGAUAUCUAAAGGAACUAAAAACUUAUUUUAAUGGAGUAAGAAGAAGGUAAAUGAGAGAAAAAAAUGGUUUUUGAAGUUGAAGAACAAUGUAAACUGAUUUUAAUGAAGAAAAAUCAUGUGAAGAAGAUUAUAUAAAUGAAGAACAAAGUAACAAUCAAAAACUGACCUGCUCCAGCCAGAAAGCUACUAGGAUGCCACUGGAAACAAGUAUCAAUAGAUGAGAUUAUUCAUGGUUAAUUAAACACUUGAGAUUAUUGUAAGGAAAUCAUACAAAGGUUGGAUUAUUUUGUGCAAUUUUUCCAAUUAUAAAUCAUAAAGUUGAAUCUAAAAGAAAGACAAUGCACAACCAAUAGCAACAAAUAUGAUAAAUCUAAGUCCAUGUUAUAACUCUUAAUAUAUAAAUCAUAACCAUUUUUUAUAGUUCUACAUUGAUGGAAGUUCAAUUACCAUUGAUCGUUUUUAAUCAGACAAUUUACUUUUAAAAAUCCCACCUUUCUAUUAUUUUUGAAAACUCCGAUCUUUACCCUCAAUUUUCUUCUAAAGAUCUAAAUGACUUGUAAUCGGUUCUUUGGGUUACUUUUGAGUUUUUUCAUUUUAAAAGAAACUGAAAAAGGUGAUUAAAAUUAAAGAAAAAAGGAAAAAAGAGAAAGAAAAAGAUAAGUAACCCAACCUUCCUUCUAAACUUUCCACCACCGCAUCAUCGCCCUCCCUCCACCUUCGCACCACCUAUCCCCUGAAAACUCCUAUCAGCAACCACCCACACCUGAACAACCUCCGGGAUCCUAAAACCCUUUCCUCAACAGUUCUGACACCACCUUUACCCAAUUGAUUGGUAGCUUAUGACAACAACAUAUCAUCCAAAGAAAAAACAUUGAAACUAGUAAAUGGCCCAAAUUAACGAAGGUCCACUAUCCAUGAUUCAUUCACUUCACCAGAUAUUCCAUUUAAGUUUUUGAAAAUGUUGAUACUGCAUAUGAAUCCUAUGAAGCUUUCUACCCUUUCAUCACAGACACCAUUGGAUUCACCUCAUCUUGAAGAAUUUCAAAUUCCUAAAAUUACGGUAGUGUCAUUAAUCACAUUAAUGGGGGCAUGGAAUAUUUGCUACUGAUACUAAAAAGCAGCGAAGUUCCAUCAAAGUGUCACCUGUACACACUCAAUAAUGCAAAUUACUUAUACCCUACCGACCCUUGUCCCUAGAAACCCACCUGUCCCCUGAAAAUUCCUUUCCCUGAACCCUGAUGAAGGCGCGUAGGUGUAAUUUGACGGUGGUGAAUGUUGAUAUAGGUGGUGGUGUUGGCGGCGCAGCUUGGUGGGGGUAUGUUGGUAGUGUUGAUUAGAGAGGGUGGCAAAGAGGUAAGGGAGAUGGAUCGUAUCAUUUAUGUUUUUUUUUCUUUUAUUUUUUACAAAAGUAUAAUAGAAUAACUAAUGAUAGCCUGACAUGUGUCAUUACUAUUUUUUUUAAAAAGAGGAAACCGAAUACAGCGAGUAAGGGUUCCAAGGAAGAUCUUGAAAAGUAAAUUGACGGUAAAGGUCGGAUUUUUCAAAAAUAAUCAAAAGGUAGGAUUAUUAAAAGAGAACCAUCUGAAAGUGAGAUUUUUAAAAGUAAAUUUUCUUCUAAUUAAUAUAUUGAUAAACAUAAUUUCAUUUCAUGACCUUUUAAUUAAUUAGAAUAGAAGUUUGCAGAGCAAGUUAUAUCCAUUACAAGUUUAGUCAUUGUGUAUGAGUUAAUACUAUAUACUAAAAUUAAUAAACAUAUACAAUUUUGAAAAUACUCAACAUAAAAUAAACAUGGCAUUUUCUGCGCAACUUAUUUUGUCCCAUUUUUCAUUUUAGCAUGCCCCAAUGAUGAUGCCAUUAUAUAUCUACAGUUAAUAAAAUUUGGAAUGUUAAAAACAAUUCAUCUUCAACUUUAUAUGUUAAAAAAUGUUAAAGCAUGUCCCACUAGAAUAAUAAACAUCAAAUGCUCUCAUGUAAGAAUGCCAACUUCACACUUUACACUAGAGUGUAGAGUUUUUUCAAUCUCGUUAAAAAAAACUUGGAAUUUAAAAAACAUUUCAUGUACAAAUUUAUAAUUAAUCCAUUAAAAAAAUACUAGUGAUUACUCAUUAUUGUUCAUAUUUAAAGUAUAUAACUGUGAGAUAAAACUUCUUUAACUUCAUUUUUAAGGAAUGUGGUGGAGAAACAUUUUAAUAUGAAUCAAAACUCCUUAUCAAUAAAGAAUUUCAUUUAUUUUAGUUGUAUUUACAAAAUGUUUAACGUGAAAGAAAUGAGUAAAAGAAGGUUAAUAAGAAUAAUAAGUAUAAUUGAGAUUAGUUUUGCUGGAAUCAGAUCGUAGGUAUUUGUCCUGGUCCUACCACUCAAAAUUUUAUUCAAAUUGGGAUACUAAGAUUCUAGCAACAUUUCGAACCUACUUACGAAUUGGUUGAAAAACCAUAGGAUAGCUGAUCAAAUUUGGGAUUUUAUUAACAAUGAGUAUGUCCACCCAUAAAUUUUUAUAUAUGGUUCUUAGCUACCCUUGUCUUUUUACAAUAAUUUCGUUAGGUUCCUUUAUUGAAAUUUUAUGUGGGAAUCCCUAGAAUAUUAAUAUUCGAAUUGGAUCCAACAUUUCCUAUUUGUUAACAAGAAAGAAAAAGAACUUCGUAAUGCUAGUUUAUUAGCAUUCUGCUAAAUAUUUAAAUUAAACCUCAGUGGCAAACUCGGAUUGCAUAGCAUUCCAAUCAUUGGCUCAUAGCUCACCGUUUGAUCUAUGCGCAUUCAUGACACUAAAUCCUAUGCUUUGUAUCUUGAUUAAUAUCUUUGUUUAUGAAAAUUUGAUUCACGAUACUUGAAGCAUGUAGUUGGAAGGAUUUUCUUUGUAUCUAAUUAUGCAAUACAUCUAUUAUGAUCAUUUGUGCCAAAACCGUAUACCAUAAACUCUUUGAUUGUUUUAAAACUUUUUGGUUCUGGUGCCUGGUUCUACAUCUCUAACUUAGCACUAACUUAAGCUCUAGUUUCAUCCUUUAAUACAAUGUCAUUGGCGAAUAACUUGCUCAAUAAAACAAUUUUCUGAAUAGUUCAUGUUAUCACUUCUAGGAUUGGCGUACAAGAAGGAAUCAAAGCAGAAUCAUGAUGUAGACUAAUCGUGAUUGAGAAAUAAUAUUUGAUGCUUAUUUACAUGUCCUAAUGACUAACAUUGAUUUUUGCUUUCAUGUUUACGCCUUGGACUAUGCUGAUGUACAUAAGUGGCAUACCUUCCGUUUUAUAACCCUCAUAGUUCUUCGCUGGGCAUAGUGAUUAUUGCACAAGAUUUAAGGAUGUGGGAUGUUCUUCGGCUUCAGAAGAAAAUAAGGAUGUUUACCCUAUUCUAAUAAGGCUUUCUUUAAAGCAGCAGACCAAUUCUCUGGCUGUGAAAAUAUCACUGAUGGUGAGCUUGCCUUCCCUUCUUUAAAAGGAUAUCUGAGAUUUCUGCUGUCUUGUAGCACCUUCUUUAUCUGUUGUAAAUUUGUAGAGCCACUCAAAAAACCACUAAAAAAGAUGCAGCAGACCAAUAUAAGAGCUUUGCCCAAUUAUUUUCCUGCAUUCAGUACUUUGGCUAAACUGAGAGUAUAUAUUGGGAUAUGUUUCAUUUGCAUGACUGUAUAUGUUCUGCAUCUUUUUGUUUUAGUCUUCACUGCCUGAACACUAAAAUUUAAUUGAUAAUGUGUGCUUGUGGACAAAUAAGUUUCACAUUAUAGCAAUUUUCUCAAAAGCUUUGGGUAUUAUUAUUGAUUUCUGUAGAUCUAAAAACACUUUGAAUAUUCCUUUUCCAUUUGAAUACAAUAAAAAAUACAAAAUAGUUUCUUAAAGACAGGUUAAUAAACGAGCUCGAUUAGGUAUCUGCUAUUUUGAUUUUAAAAAAAUUUCAUGCACGUUGUUCCAUAAUCCUCAAUUCUAAUGAUUACCUUGUAUCGUUGUAGAAGAUUGACUUGAAGUUUUUGACGAAGAAGCAAGUUCACAGCUUAUAGUUUUUAGUUCAGUGGUUAAAAUUAAGCUCUGCUUUCAAGACUGCCCAUGUUUGUUUUAGGGGGGGUCAUACAACGAUGAUGCCAAUGCCUUAAUCCUAACACAAGGGGUCUGGCUGUCAACUACAUGAACAGACACAUAUGAAUGUGAGAUCAUUGGCUAUGAAAAAUUAUAUUUGUUCCAAAAUGAUACUCCACUUCAUUUACUUUUUACUUUGACUCAUUUAAACUCUUUUUUAUCUAGGGCCCGCCUCCACAUCUCUAGCUUGGCAUUGACCUAUAUCUAGUUUCGUCCACUCAUGCGAUGUUAUUAGCAAACGACAUGCUCCAUUCGUCUUCUCUAUUAUCUGGUCCUGUUAUCUCAUUUGGUCCUUUGUUUAGAAGGGAUACUUUGCAUCGCACUAUCUAAGUCCUUGCAAAUCUUUCUUUCUAGUGCUUCAUCUAAGUGAGCCCACUUAGUGCACAUGUACACUUGGUAUCUUAUCAUCAAUAUCAUAAUAAGAACUUUGUUUCAUUUCUAAUCUUACUGUGAAUACCGCAAUUUUCAUAUUUUUCUUUAUUUUAUCAAUGCCGUGGCCUCUCCACUUAUUCACUUUGUCUAUUGCAUUAAAUAAUGUUCUCACAUUUUUGAUAAGAUUUACCAUUUUUAAGCUUCCUUGAAAGAGUUCUAACGCUCUAAGAUGUCAAUUUUAGCUUAGAUCCAAGUAUUUACUUUUCCCCAUUAUCCGUUAAACCUAACAAUCUUUUCUCAUUUGACAAACACAUACAGAGACAUAGAAAUCCUUCCAUUUUUGAAAUUACAUCUAGGCUUGGGAGGUGAAGCAUAAAGCCAUGUAUUAUUUGACUCCCCCAUUCGACCUAUGUGGAUUGCCACUUGUUUGACUCUUGUCAAAUGGUGCCAUUCGAAACCUGCAACAAUUGUUGAAGCACUCACAAGUCACAAUAGGGCCAUUACUGAUAAUAAUAUUUAGAAGCAAAAUUAUUAGUGAGCCAAGAUAUGCUAUGAACGCGCCACAUUUGUGAGUUUUUGAUAUCCUUCCAAUACGAUAACAAAAAGGGAAACGAGAAACGCUAAUUUAAAGUUUUCGAAACGUAAAACAAUUUUGUUUUACAACAAAAAAUUAAAUGACUAAAAAAAGGUAACAAAAGAAAAUGACUAUUAAGGGAAAAGAAGAGGAAAGAUGAAAAGAAAAGAAGGCUUUGGUUGUCAAGGAACCAACUCAACUAAAAGCUUAAGCUGAUGGUUGAGGUCCCAGGAUAUGUUUUAUACUCUAAUACGCCUCCUCAUGCGAGAGUCUUUUGGGCUAGAAGUGUGAUUGCAGCACAGGCCCUCUUCAUACUUGGUGCUAAAUAUUUCACUUUAAACGAGGGGUUUUGAAUCCGGACGACAUCUGAUACCGUGUAAGGAACCAACUACUUUUGGUAUCAUAUAUGGUUUUGCACUUGAAAAAAAAACAUUUGGGGGAUGUAGUUUUGGUAAUGUUAAUCCAAAGUUUCGGAAACAAAGGUUCCAAAACAGGAUUCGGUGUGAAGUUUCUGGUUUCUGGUUACUAUGGGUUGUAUUCGCUUGAUUGAAUUCACCUAAGCGAUAAGCCGAGAAAUCAAUCUAUAUGCCUUGGAAUCGAAUUGCAACAAUUAUUGUCAUGUAUGAUGAAUUGCGCCUGAAGCUGCUCCGCUGAACUAUUGAACUCCAUAUUUUUUUUUAAUGAAGUGAAGAGAUAAUGCCAAAUGGGGAUAGAUCUUUGAAUUUAGAAAAUGUCAUUAGCAUUGUGGAAGUCUUUUAUCCAGCAAGUCUACUGGAAAAUAUAGUUUCAUUCAUCUUCUAUGCAUUACAAUUAACAUGAAAUGAGAAGAAGAAUAAGGUAUUAACUAAAGUCUAUUUGAAUGAUUAGCAUGUUUUUAAAAACUGUCAUCAUCAUCCUAAAUUUCUCUGCAAACAGGAUCCUGAUAAUAACCUCGUAUCAUGUAAUGUUCUAGCUAAGGGGGAUGGUGAUAGCCUUUGGCAUGGUCUACCUGAAAAAUGAAUCUACAGAACCAGCUAAGAAUAAGAGCCUAAAUGCCAUAUGUUUGAGGCAUUGAGUACUUUUUGGAAUAUUGUUAGGCAAUACGAACAAACCAUUGAGUGUCCUAGAGUUAAUUAUUUGUUAAUUAAGUUUAUAUAUGUUUUGUGGUUGGUCCUUGAAGAAUGUGCUUCACGCCUUCACUGAAAAUCUUUGUACUAAAGGUUGGUGAAGCUUGUAGCCAUUAGGUAUUUAGCUAGAUGGCAGCAUUUUUGAAUUGAUAAUCCUUCACUUGCAUGUUGUCCUUGUGCUAUAUGUUUAGUCAAACUCUAACAAGUUCAAGUUGCUUCUAAGUUUAGUAAUCUGUAAUUUAGCUCAAUUCAAUUCAGGUUUCCUCCCUACCGUUUCUCAUAAAUGAAAGUUUGUUCUGGUUCAGAUGUUCAGUUAUUUAAGUUUGUUAAUUUUCUAUUAAAUUCUGGAUUUGUGGUGAACAGGUGUGUAUUGUAUAUGCCUAGUCCAUUGUAAGGACAGAUAAACAGUAUAUAAAGUCCCGUUAUGUAUCUUUGAUUUUUCCUAAUGGAGAAUCAUUCCUCUUUACAGGAUAACCCAAUGCAGCAUUAUAAAAGAGCCUAUCAAAUAUUUGAUGUGCAGUCCAACUCGGUUUAUAUUUGGGACUUCUCUGGUCAGAUGACACAGUUUGUUGGAGACGGUGAAAAUUGUCCAAAUGACUGUCUUGGCCAAGCCACUGAAGAGGCUCUUCUUGAAUUACAAGUUUAUGGGUUGCCGAAUAUGGACAAAGACACAGUAGCAAGAAAACCUGAAACUGCAAUGAAUGGAACAUUCAGAAGCAGACAUUCAGAUAGCAAUUUAUCCAUUCAUAUGAAUGAUACUGUUGAAAGUCAGAGCUCUUCCGAACCAUUUCUUGGGCCACAAUCAAGCUCUAGAAGAUAUGGAGAAACUGAAGUGCUGGGUUUGACUGGACUUCAAAAUCUAGGGAACACUUGCUUUAUGAACAGUGCAAUUCAGUGCUUAGCUCAUACUCCGAAGCUUAUUGAUUAUUUCCUUGGAGAUUUCAAGAGAGAAAUAAAUUAUGAAAAUCCUUUAGGUGUGAAUGGUAAACUCGCUUUGGCUUUUGGCGAUUUGUUACGAAGGCUGUGGGCUCCUGGUGGAAUGGCUGUUGUUCCAACAUUGUUUAAAUCCACUCUGGAGGGCUUUGCUCCACAAUUUUAUGGUUAUAACCAACAUGAUUCCCAGGAAUUUCUGGCUUUUCUGUUGAAUGGACUUCAUGAAGACUUGAAUCGCGUGAAACACAAACUAUAUACUCAGAUUGGUUAUACAGAGGGUAUUCCAGAUCAACAGAUGGCUGAUGAAUAUUGGCAGAUUCACUUAGCACGUAAUGACUCCAUAAUAGUUGAUCUGUGCCAUGGUCAAUUUCGAUCAAAGCUGGUUUGUCCUGUCUGCAGAAGGGUCUCGGUAACAUUUGAUCCAUUCAUGUACUUGUCUCUCCCCUUGCCUUCAACGACUAUGCGAACAAUGACUGUUACUCUUUUGAGCACGGAUGGAAGUAUGCCACCAUCACAACUUACUGUAACAGUGCCUAAAUGUGGAAGGUGCAAGGAUCUUAUUCAAGCCUUAAGUACAGCCUGUUCAUUGCAGGAUGAUGAGACCCUAUUUGUAGCUGAGGUAUAUAAUCAUUUCAUCCUCCGGUACUUGGAAGAUCCAUCUGAUUCAUUGGCAUUGAUAAGGGAUCAUGAUUGCCUUGUUGCUUACCGCUUACCAAAAGAGAGUGAGAAUAGCCAACUGGUGGUUUUCAUGCAUCAAGAAAGGAACCUUGGCUUUCGGUGUUUGUUUGGCAUUCCUUUGGUAACGAGGAUUUCUGGUAUCUCUGAUGGUUUACAAAUUCAUAAUGCCUAUAUGAAAUUGCUUCGUCCUUUUUUGAAUACGGAUGAAGAUGGUAGUGAUGACACUGGAAAUUCAGAUUAUGAGCUUGCUAAGAUGGAGACGAUACUCUCAAAUUUAGAUGAUUUGUCGAGUUCGGAUGAUGAAUUGGAACACUACUCUGAUUUUCUUUUUCGCUUCACAAAUGAGCGAGGUAUAGAGGGUCAGAGGAUAAAUUUGAAAAAACCACUCGAUCUUUCUGAUACAGGGAGUAAAUUGCAUGUUCUCGUUAGCUGGCCCGAACAAAUGGUGAGGCGCUAUGAUACUUCUCGUCUCAGCUUAUUGCCGGAGGUCUUUGAACCUGGAAUUUCUGCUAUAAAGCCUCAAGAGUCAGUUUCCUUGAGCAAAUGCCUGGAAGGCUUUCUAAAGGAGGAACCAUUGGGACCUGAUGAUAUGUGGUAUUGCCCUAGCUGCAAGCAGCAUCGUCAAGCAAGCAAGAAAUUAGAUCUUUGGAGAUUGCCUGAAAUUUUGAUCGUUCACCUGAAAAGAUUUUCGUAUAGCCAACUUUUGAGAGACAAGCUUGAGACAUUUGUGGAUUUCCCCUUGGACGAACUUGAUUUGACAGGUUUCCUUUCCCAUGACAGUGACCCAAGUUUAAAUCAUUAUAGGUUGUAUGCCAUCAGUAACCACUUUGGUAGCAUGGGAAGCGGGCACUAUACAGCUCUGAUUUAUCAUGGUAAAAGCUGGUAUGAAUUCAAUGAUAGUUUAGUUGAACCGCUUAAAGAGGAGGACGUCAAGACAUCUGCUGCUUAUGUUCUUUUCUAUCGCAGAAUUUCGGGCACAUAGGUGUAUUGGUUAGUUUCUUUUAGCAUAUUCUUUUGUAAAAAGUAGCAGAUUUUGGACCAAGAAGUGUACAUAUAACUUUCUUAGGAAUGUCAUAUUUGACGCUACUUGCUCCUGCUCAAAAUGCUGUAUUCAAAAUCUAACUGGGUUUAGUUAGUCCAAAGUUUGAUAUGAUUAAUUCAAAUUCCUUUAAUCUUA